AUGUUCACCAGGAAGUCUGCCCCGAAGGCGCCGAAGGCGGAGGAGGCGCCCAGCAUGACGCCACUGCCGCGUGGCGAUCAGCCCAAGGCGGCGCCUGCCACCCCAGAGGCGGUCCUGAAGCCUGCCGACCCCGCCCCGCAGCCGCUCCAUCCGAAGCCGCCCCCGGCCAAGGGGAAGACGGAGCUCGAGGCGCCCGCCAGGCCCGUCGCCUCGCUGUCGGAGAAGCCGGCGCCAUCCGCGGUGGAGCCGAAGAAGGGCCACCCAGACACCCCGGGCGGGCCCACCAGCAGCCAUGACCCUGCCGCGGUGCCACAGGGCGGCAAGGCUGCCUCGCUGGUCUCUGGAGGCGCUGCGGCCAGCGGUGCGGCCACGGCCGCGGCUCCUGCGAAGGCGUCCGGCCCCGUGGCACGCACGGCGGCCGCCGCUGUCGUGACCGAGGGACAGAGUCAGGUCACCUCCCAGGAGCGCAUGGUGGCCACGGGCUCAGUGAUGGCGAAGGGCGCGGGCGCUCAGGCUGAGGUGCCCAAGGCACCGCCGGCGGCCAAGGCCAAGGCCAAGGCCGCCGCAGCGCCUUCGGCCACGUCCGCUCCGCCCGCCUCCGCCGCGGCCUCGGCUGCGGCCCCGCCUUCCUCUGCCGCGGCUGCCUCCGCGCCCAAGAGCGUGCUGCAGAUGGUCACCGGAAAGCCAGAGCCCGCGCUGGUCUCGGGCACGGGCUACCCCAAGGUGCAGCCGAGUGCAGUCUCGGAGUCUACGGGUCCUGCGCGUGCGUACGCGAAGUCGGCCGCAGCGGCCAUCGCGGCCGUGCCCAAGAGCGCCGAGGUGCCGAAGGAGGGGCCCGCGGCGGUGGCGGUGGGUCGCGCGCUGGCUGCUGGCGCCUCCGGCGUCAACACCUCUGGCAAGAAGCCGUCGGUGCCCGUCAGCAAAAAGUACCAGAUCGUCUUCGUGACCAGCGAGGUCGCGCCUUUCUCCAAGACCGGCGGUCUGGGCGAGGCCAUGGACGGCCUCCCGACCGCUCUCGCGGCGCUCGGGCACCGCUGCAUGGUCAUCAGCCCGCGUUAUGACCAGUACAAGGAGGCCUGGGACACGAGCUUCUGGAGCUCCGUUACGAUGGGGGGCGCGCAGGAGCCUGUGCAUUUCUUCCAUACGUUCAAGCAGAAGGUUGACUACGUCUUCGUGGACCAUCCUACCUUCCUGGAACGCGUCAACGGCAUGUCUGGCUCCAAGCUGUACGGCCCCGAGUGGGGCAAGGAUUUCGCCGACAACCAGUCACGCUUUGCAUACUUCUGCAAGAGCGCGCUCGUGGCCAUGCGGGAGCUGCCCCUGGCAGGCUACCCGUACGGAGAGGACGUGGUCGUGGUGGCCAACGAUUGGCACAGCUCUCUCGUGCCCAUGUUCAUCGACGUCGAGAAGCGGAAGGACGCGACCGCCUGGGUCAACACUAAGUCGUUCUUCCUGUGCCACAACGCGGUGUUCCAGGGCCGCUUCGAGCUGGAGCCUGGCCUGGCAGAGGUCUUCGGUGUGCCGCAGGAGUACAUCGACAGCAUCACCUUCCAGAUGCCUCUGAAGGUGGGCAAGUACAACAAGAAGGUCAAGCUGGUGAACACCAUGGCGGCGGGCAUUCUGUACUGCGACCGCGCGCUCACAGUGUCGCCCUCGUACGCCGCGGAGUGCGCCGUCGACCCCGAGAAGGGCGUGGAGCUCGAGCGGCUCUUUGCCAUGGCCAAGGUUACCGGCAUCUUGAACGGCGUGAAGGAGGGUGUGUCCUCCGAGGACAAAAACUUCGUGACUAAGACCAAGAUGUGUUGCGGUACCUUCACCGCCGCCACCGUCGACGUCGCCAAGGCGCAGCUGAAGGCCGCAUAUCAGCAGGAGAACGGCUUGGGCGCCUCCUCUGGCCCCAUGAUGUGUUUCAUCGGCCGCUUGGACGCGCAGAAGGGCUACGACCUGCUGCUCGAGAGCCUGAUAGAGGUGCUCGAGGACACCGAGAUGCAGGUGGUCAUCGUGGGCGCCGGCCGCGCCGACCUUGUGCAGCAGACGAAGGCGGUGGAGAAGAAAUUCCCGAAGAAGUUCUUCUACGCUGGCUGGAUGGGUCCGGAGCGCUACGCCCUUCUCGCCGGCUGCGAGUACACGCUGCUGCCAUCCCGUUGGGAGCCCUGCGGCCUGGUCCAGAUGGAGGCGAUGCGCAUGGGCACCCUGCCCAUCGUCGCUCCCACUGGCGGCCUGAAGGACACUGUGGAGGACGGCGUGAACGGCCUCUGGACCGACGCGGAGAUGACGGUGGAGGCUGAGCUGGACGACGCCUCGAGCGAGUCGAUCUCCAAGGCAAUCCGCCGUGCCUGCGAGAUCCACACGAGCACUCCCGAGAAGGAGGUCGAGAUGAUGAGAGCCGCGAUGGCGGCAUCCGCAGAGUUCACUUGGAGCAACGCGGCCAUGCAGUACGAAGCGCUCUUCGACGAGGUCGGUGCCGUGGAUAUCCUCGGGGCCGCGAAGGACAAGACGGUGACCCUGGAGACGGACAAGCAGGUCUGCUGA